AUGGUUCGACUCGAGAGCAUCUUCUUAGCAAAUGUGGUAAUGUUUGUAGACACAUUAGAGACUGUCCAAAACAUCUCAUUUGUUAACAAAAAGUGUAAAACAGCAAUUGAAAUGUUGCGGAUUAACCCCGGAUUGGCUUCUGAAGGGAUCAAAAAGAAGUCAGAGAACGACAGCGUCAAGGCUAAUAUAUUUCAACACGAACUUGAACUCUUCCCAAACUUAGAAACCGUCAAAAUAAGGUUUUUUACACCUUUCAUUAUGGAGUACGUUCCUCAGACUAUUGAAAGAAUAUACAUAGAGGACACUAUCGAUGACGAUCAACUCCCUUGUCUGGAAAAAAUCAAAAAUAAAAUUGUCUCAAUGAAGAUCUUUACAUAUGACAAUGUGAUCGAUUUGGGCCAGUAUCCCUCGUUGAAACAAAUUGAAAUUCGGACGUUCACAAAGCGAGAAAACAGUGAAGGGUAUUUACUCAAGUUUUUUAAAAAUGUGAACCAUAAGAUGACACUUGUGAAAGUCAAAAUGGAAGACUUUGUUGAUACUGAGUUUCUUGAUAACGUAGACAAACUGAAAAUAGAGAGAGUUGUUGUUCAGCCCACAAAACAAAAAGACGUCCAAACUGUUUUAGAACACUUAAGCAAAUUGGGAAGAACAACUGUGUGUUUUGGUGAAUGGUUUGAAGGACUUGAUGAUAGGGUUAUUGUUGUAGGUAACGCGAAGUGGAACUUUGUGGAUUCCAAAGACCAGAAUGUGCUUAUCAAAAACAGAUUGAUACCCUCUUUAACUGUCACGAACCAAUUAACAUUUGAUUUGAAGCAGUUCGAUUUACACAAAAUCGAGUGCACAACAUGUGAAGUUGAUUGUUUGAAAUUGCCAGUCUUGUUGAACGAAUUGAUUAUAGACACAUGUAAAGUGGUCAAUAUAGAAAGGCUUAGCUCUUUAAGUGGGCUCACAAUAGUAAAGUCAAAUACCAUUAAAGUUCCAAAAACAGUCAAAUUCCUCAAACUUCAAAAUAUAGAAAAAAUUAUUUUUAGUACUGAUAUUAAACUACAAGAACUUUACACAGACACAUUGGAGUGGAUUCCCAAAGAGGUGAGUCAAUCAGUGACUUCGCUGUCUCUUAUGAAACCAAAACAACCAAGAUGGUAUUACCACAACGCCCCCAAUGAGCAUAAAGUUAAAGUUGAUCCUUGUGUGGAUAAUUUGAAAUAUUUUAACACUUUGAAAAACCUUCAAGUGAUGAAUAUUAAUGAAGAGGUUAUACUACCAGAGUCGGUCACUUCUUUCACUACAAAUGGAACUCUACAGAGUAUCAAGAAUUGUUCACUUAGAGAAAUCAAUUUUUCUCAAAUUGCUAUUUCAGCGUGCAACUUUUCUUGUUAUACUAAUUUGGAAAGAGCGACAUUGGAAUUGUCGGUGGUAUUAAACGAUUUCAUGUUACCAAAUUCAAUCACUAAAUUGACUCUUACGUCUAAAGAAAAGGUCAAUCUUGACUUGACAAAAUACACUCAUCUCUAUAGCUUAGAAUUAUCUAUCACCGACUCAAUUGUAAUUCUUCCAAUCAAUUUACACACAUUAGUCUUGUCUGUGUGUAUCAAUUACUUAUUACCAAAUAUCGACAAGGUGAACAUUACAGAUCUCGUCAUUUUUAGAACAACAUUUAAUUUGAAUAAGGUUGCAACAACACUAAAAAGACUUUUUGUGGAUUCGUACAAUGCAAAGUUCAAUAAGGACGCUUUAAAGCGAUUCCCACUCUUGAAGGCACAAGUUAAUUAA